AUGCGCUGGUGCAUGAUCCAUCCCUCUUACUCCAUCGCCGCGGCGGUCGUUUUGGCAGCUCAGGCCUUUGCAGUCACCUGCAAAUCGUACCAAUAUGUCGAUCCUCAAGGCAACUGUCAGACCGUCUGUCCGUUCGGUACCCGAGCGGACGGCAGUUCUCGCACUUGCAUUGCCUGUCAAUCGGGUACAUAUGGAGGAUCACUUAACGGCAAGUCCUGUACUACAUGCCGGAGUGGGACCGUUAGCGGAACUCAGGCAAGGGAGUGCAACCCAUGCGGCGAGGGCACAGCCGCGAAUGCGGAGCACACCGCUUGCGUUCAAUGUCCAGCGCCAAAGCUGCACUUCGUGUCAGGCAGGCGCUGUGUCUGCGCCUGGGUCGUCUCGCUGUACCUCAUGCCUGGGUGGCACGGUACCGUCUGCAGACCGCUCGUACUGCGAGGCCUGCCCAGCAGGUACAUCCGCCAAAUACGGCUCUACCUCAUGUACCAAGUGUCCGACCAUAGGGCGCUUAUCCCAACUCCCUUCAGACUGGCUGCAUCGCAUGCGCAGAUGGCCAAGUCCCCUCUUCCAGUCAAGACAGCUGCGUGGCUUGUCCGUCUCUGCAGGUCGUGCCCGGCGCUGAUGUUCUCGGCGCAACCCGGUACCAAAACGUGUACAAUGUGCGACUAUGUACUGCUUGCUGAGCCUCUCAGGGAUUCAUCGCCAACUCAGACCACACUGGCUGCGAUGCCUGUCCGGCGGGCACCAUCUCCUCCGGCGACAACGACAACUGCGACACCUGCCCCGCUCACACCUUUGCCUCGCAGGCGGGAUCAUACGACUGCUUCGACUGUGAUUCUCUGCUUCCGCGAAUGCGGGCUCGAUCUGCCCUUACUUCGAAGUCUCGCUGAUAUCUUCAAGGGGUCCAUUGCCAGCGAUGAUCACACCGGCUGCGUUGCUUGUCCAGCAGGCUCUAUCACUGUGACAAACGCAGAUCAGUGCUAUCCUUGCCCUGAGAAUACCAUACCCGACCCAACAGACGGCGGGCAAUGUAUCGACUGCCCUGAAGGCUACACAUCCCCGGCUGGCAGCGCCACCUGUACCCCUCCCCCGCCUACCGUGUCUCAGAAAAGCCGCCGGAAACGCCACGUCCAGGACAUCAACUCCAUCCUCGGCGCAAUGACUUGCCCAAAAGGACAGAUAGCGUGUCCUCUCCCAGGCCGCGCCAAUAUAGCGACGUGUAUGACGCCAUCAGAUGAUCUGGAGACAUGCGACCUCUUCGCUUCGGCUAGCUGUGUGAUGGGGGAAUGCGUUCUGGUAUGUCCAGAAGGGUGGAGAAUGAGUGGUCAUGGCUGUCAGGAGGUGAGAGCGGGAAAUGGUACUGCUUCGGAUUGA